AUGCUGGCGACGCCCGCUGGCAGCGGUCGCGAUGCGGUGCUGCUCGGCUACAGCCCGAUCAAGCCGGGGACGCUAAAGGGCCCCGGGGAUGUGACUGGCCGGAACAUGUACAUCUGCCUCUCGCCGAUCGACGAGCAUCUCUUCUCGGCCGGGGCGGAGCCCGACUGCGGGUUCUGGGAGCAGGUCGCGAAUGGCCCCUGCAGCAAGUGGAUGCUGCUGUCGUGCUCGUUCUGCUUUAUAGUCCCCGCCGCUAUUCAUUUGGUCCUCUGCGAGGGUUGGCCUGACAGGGCGGCUGGGCUCUCGUUGGGACUCGUCUCGGUGACCAGCACUCUUUGCGACUCGAUCUGCGUGCACGCUGCCGUCUACGAGAGCGGCGGCUACGACAGGACCGCCAAGGCUGUCGGCACGACUGCCGGCUAG